GUUUGAUCUUACUAUUCUAUCUGGUAUUUUACGGCUUCCUAGCAGCACUCUUCACAUUCACAAUGUGGGUUAUGCUUCAGACACUGAGCAGUGAUAUACCAAAAUAUCGUGACCGGAUUUCUAGUCCAGGACUUAUGAUUUCACCAAAGCCAGACACUGCAUUGGAAUUUUACUUUAACAAGAGUGAUGCCCAGUCAUAUGCAGAAUAUGUUUCUACACUUAGAAAAUUCCUUGAAUCAUAUGAUGAUUCAAAGCAAUCCCAAAACAUAAACUGUACGCCAGGAAGGAUUUUUGAUCAGAAUGAUGUUGCUGUUAAAAAGGCAUGUCGAUUUAACCUCUCUGAGCUUGGACAGUGCUCUGGGAAGGAAGAUAAGACCUUUGGCUAUUCUAAAGGAACUCCCUGUGUGCUUGUGAAAAUGAACAGAAUAAUUGGAUUAAAACCUGAAGGAGAACCCCGUAUACACUGUACAUCUAAGGAAGAAGGCAUGGUUGAGAUAAAUUAUUUUCCUCCUGAUGGCUUGAUUGACUUAAUGUACUUUCCAUACUAUGGGAAAAGCUUGCACGCUCACUAUUUGCAGCCUCUAGUGGCUGUUCAACUAGCAAUUAACUCCAACAGUACCAAAGAAGAAAUAGCAAUUGAGUGUAAGAUCCUGGGCUCACCUAAUUUAAAAAAUGAAGAUGAACGUGACAAGUUUCUGGGACGAAUUGCCUUCAAAGUUCAGAUGACUGAAUAGCUGGAGUAAAAAUUCUCCAUAAAGUAAACAUUGUGUUGUCUGUUUUGUAUCAGCUGGACAUGCCAUUCUAGGAUAUGAGACCACCUUGGAGAAUGUUAAGGUGGUUUAUGGCAUUCAGGGUAGCAUAACAAUAUGCUUCCAAAUUGUAUGUUUAAGAUCCCUCAAAAUAAAUGCCUGUCCUGCUUCUGCCUGCCCCAUUGGAACAGUGUACAGACUAUAGUUAUACCAUAGGGACCUGUAAAUAGCUGUUUUCAAACACAUAAUAAUGGUGACCUUUGUCCUGUUCUAAAAUGUGGUUUUAAUCCCCCAAAUGAGUGUCUCAAGCUUAAUGUGCUGUGCUAUGUAAAUAUUGUAUUGAUUUAACACUGGUUUAACUGUCAUAUCUCAAUGCUGACACAGUUAUAGGGAUAAAUAAUAAAUGGUACCUGAUUGACAUAGUGAUUUUUUUUGUAAGAGUAAACACCUCCAACGUAAAUUGUGUGUAUGGGAGUGGGUGGGUGGGUGGAUGGCUGUGUGGAGAUGCCUUAAAUUGCAGACUAGGUGGCAUGGGAGAAUUGAAGUGGAUUUUAAGAGUUGGUAUGGAGUUCUGAAAGUGAGUGCUCAACUAGUACUUUCCUGUGCUUGUCACUGUGCAAGUAUUGUGUACAUGUAAUACUUGGUAUAGAGUUUGGUAUUCUAGCUGAGGAAUUGAAUCUUUCUUCGUGUUGUUAAUUGCUUGCGAUAUGUGGAGCACAAAUAAACUCUAUACAAUAUUUUAAAACUUUAUAGUUCAGAAAUACCAAUAUGCAACAAUUUAAAUUGUUUAGGGUCCCAGUAACAGUUGUACAACAGAGCUGCUUAAAAGAAAUGGCCUCACUAUUGUGGGAAUAGGCUUUCAUUUUCCACUUAAAAAAUUUCCUGAAGAACCUCUGUUUAA